AUGCACUUAUUUCCGGCCACAGAGAGCCAUCGUCCGAAGACAUCAACAGCGCGGCAAGGCAUCACAGUGUCGACACUUUCUAAAAAAGUUAACGAUUUGGAAGAAGAGCGAAUGAGUUCGGGUGACGAGCGAGCACGCUUGAGGACCGACAAUGCAGUGCUCACGGAGCGUGUACAUAUUUUGGAGGAACAGUUACAAGCUGCUGAGCAGAGGUGGAAAGAGAAAUUAGCAGAAGAAAAAGCCCGAAAUCGAGAUCUGAUAUCCCGAGUGGAGCGCGAGAAACAGCUGGAGAUGGAAAGCGCUACUCUUAAGUAUCAGGUUCUGGAAAAGGACUGCGCCGGAAUGAGAAAAGAGAGGGACAAGCUGCACAGUGACAUGCUUAAUUUGCAAAUUAGCCUUGAUAGCACGCGGGAGCAGCUGAUUGAGGCCAAUUCAAUCUGCGAGGCACUGGAAGAAGCGCGACUGAAAGUUGAAAGGGAAUUCAAAAGGUUUCGUGAAGAAGCGCAGCAGGACAUUGACAGCAGCUCGGAAUUGGUCGAGGAACUUUCCCGGCAAACUGACGAACUGAAGCGUCAAAAAAUUGAAGCAGCGCCGCGUGCUUCCGUUACAGAACAGAUAAUUUCGCUAGAAAAUGAAGUGAUUCGUUAUCGGAAAGAAAAUAAGGAACUGAGAAAGCAGAAUGAAGAUUUGCAAGCACAGCUCAUACAUGAAUCCAUUGAAGCCGGACAAAAUUUGCUUCUCGAGGAGGAUCGGAAGCCAUCGUUGGCCGAGGAACUAAGUGGCAAAGAUUCAACAGAGCUUAUGAAUGCCUUGAAAGAGCAGGAGAUAUGUAAUCAAAAACUGCGCAGCUACAUUAAUGGUAUUCUGAUGCGAGUUAUUGAAUUGCAUCCUGAAAUUUUGGAAAUUAAAGAGAAAGACGAGAAACAAUCCGCAGAUGGCAGCUGA